UCAAGUCCACGGAUGACUUUAAGAAUGAGGAAGCAGAGACUUUAAAACGUCGGCGGGUUGUAAACAUGCUGUUUUGAAAGAGUGAUUGACUCGACCUAUGACUCACUUCUAGCGUCUUUUGUGUGGCGAAUUUUAUAAACGCGCCCCACGCCCACGAAGCUCAGCAGAAGCAGAUGAGCCGCCGGAUGUCUGAUGCUACCAUAUCGGACACAAGGGAAAAAAACGCGCAAACAUGGAGAAAAAUAACAAUUCGUUUGUAAUGGAUGUUAUCGAGGUCGAAAAGUUUCUCGGUAACCCGCCUCACGGUUUCAACGUUGAACAUCGCUCCGGUUACAGACUCGUCAAGUCCGAUACGAGUCAGUCGUGCGUGUUUAUCGAUGAGUUUCAGUCGAGCAAAGGCAAAGUGAUCUUCAGUCAAUCACCGGGAAGGAAAAUCACAGUGCGCAACUUGGGAGAGUACACGAACCUGAGGAAUCAACUGCUCGCAAAGAAAAUAUACGUGAUGGUGUCUGCUUGCGCUAACACAAAUGCAAAAAAACAGAAUAAGAAUAAUCCAGCUCUUGGCUUCUAUGUGGUGGUGAUCAACGGCUGUCAUCCCAUGAUCAGAUGGGAGAUGGAGAAGGGCUUAAAUUCAACCAUAUCAUCUGUUGCUGGAGAGAGCUAUACAGUCAAUGUUGAUAUUAGGGAUGCAUUACAGACAUGGAUAGGCGAGAACUUUCGAAUCCUUACAGAUGGAGAAAAAGUGAAGCCCACCUGGAAAAAUACACAUUUUACUAUCAAUUACCAUUCUGAUGCACUUUUCGACUUUCCCUACUGGUUUGGUUUCAGCAAACGAGAUUUUAAGAUCUCCUACUGUGGGAAAUGAGGUCAAGAGACAAACAUCUACUGAAAACACUAGUAUUGAAAACCACAGAUGAAGAAAUCCUGAGAGCUAAAAUUCUUUAAAUGACUCGGCACUUUAGCACUUUUUUGUAAAACUUUAUUUGCCCAUGACACACGUAAUGUAAAAGAUGUUAACUUACAAACUUACAAGUGUUUUUUUUUUUUUUGGAGUGAACGAGUAAAUCCUCUCUGUAUAAUCCAAUCCAAUAAUCACAACAAACAAAGUGUUUACAAUACUAUAGUAAUACAUUAUAUAAAAGUAAUAAUCAAUUGAACUGUUUAUAUAACCUCUAAAGCAUUUUCAUGGAUGACUGUAAAUAAAAUUUUGCAAAUAAAUGCUUGUUAACAUCUCUGUAAA